AUGGAGCAUGCUGAUUUGGUGUCUGAGAUGGCACAGGUGGAGCAUCUGACUACUCAGGAGCGGCUUCACCUAGCCCGUAGACGUCGUUUGCAACAGCUUAAAAUAUGGCAGCAGAGAGAGAAAGAAUGGGCACGAACGAAGGCUAGAAGAGAAAAGAGCAACAAGAGAAGUAUAUACUUCAGUGAUAGUGUCAUGCUGCUGGAGGCCGCUGCGAGGAAUGAUAUAGAAGAAGUACGACGUCUCCUCGCACGUGGCGUGACACCGGAUGCAACAAACGAAGAUGGAUUAACAGCUUUACAUCAAUGUUGUAUAGAUAAUAACGAAGCCAUGAUGCGUCUUCUACUCGAUCAUGGUGCGAACGUGAACGCCGAAGAUAGCGAGAAGUGGACGCCCCUACACGCGGCAGCUACUUGUGGCAAUUUAAACCUAGUGCGGAUUUUAAUACAGAGAGGUGCAAACUUACUGGCUGUGAAUGGGGAUGGGAAUAUGCCGUAUGAUAUAUGCGAAGAGGAGAGAACGUUGGAUGCGAUAGAGAGUGAGAUGGCGGCGAGAGGAGUAACACAGAGACUGAUAGAUGAGACCAGGGCGGCGACGGAAAUGCAAAUGUUGAUGGAUGUAGCGGAGAUGGUUAAGACUGGCAUGGAUUUGGAUGAGCCGAGAGAUAGUCAAGGUGCGACACUGUUACACGUAGCAUCUGCGAAUGGUUACUUGAAGGUGGUGGAGUUCCUAUUGGAGCAUAGAGCUUCAUCAGAUGUGAUGGAUCAUGAUAUGUGGCAGCCGGUCCAUGCUGCAGCCUGCUGGGGGCAUUUAGAAGUAUUAGAGCUAUUAGUACAAUAUGGAGCCGAUCUCAAUGUAAGGAAUAAGCAUGAUGAAACACCGGCAGAUAUAUGUGAGGAAGGUGAAAUGCGGGCACGUAUAACGCGUUUAGCAGCGGAGCAAGAAGAGGUGAGACGUCGUGCCGCCAGCGGAGCCGGAGACAGACUGAAGACUGCAAGGCGAUCUUCUUCUACUGCUUCCACUAGCCGAGUACGUUCCGUUCGACGCACUUCACUCCGAGAGAAGCAAAUGGCAGCGAAGGCUGAUGCAAGGGGUGAAGCGAGGCUUCGGGAAACCUUCGAUUCGGCGGUUGAUGAUGAAUGUCAGGUAAAAACAAUUUCAUACGAUAUAUAUUUAAGUAUCACGUAUGUAAAGGAUCUCGCGUCUGUAUGA